AUGGCCACCCCGGGACGCCCCAGCUUCACGGUGCGCAGCCUCCUGGAUCUCCCGGAGCAGGACGCGCAGCACGUGCGGGGGCGGGAGCCGGCGCCCCGUGCCCCCAGGCCCUGCGCCCCCUGGCUGGACCCGGAACGAGGCCCCUACCCCUCCUCGGACGAGAGCAGCGCGGAGCCCGGGCCGGCGGCGGCGGCGAAGCGGAAGAAGCGGCGGGUGCUGUUCUCCAGGGCGCAGACGCAGGAGCUGGAGCGGCGCUUCGGGCAGCAGCGCUACCUGUCGGCGCCCGAGCGCGAGCAGCUGGCGCGCCGGCUCAGCCUCACUCCCACGCAGGUCAAGAUCUGGUUCCAGAACCAUCGCUACAAACUGAAACGGGCGCGUGCUCAGGCGGGGACGCCUCGCCGCGGGGGGCCCCCAGGAGACGGGGACGGGGGCUCGGCCGCCGGUCCCGACCGGGGCCGGACACCCCCCGCCGCGGCCUGCCCGCUGCCCGGCCACCACGUGGCCUUUGGGCCCUGCUCGGCCGCCUUCGGCCUCUUCCCUGCCUACCAGCGCUUCGCGCCCCCGACCCUGCUGGCCUGGAACUGGUGAGGGGGCCGGGGUGCUCACCUGGGACC